UUAUAGGUAACAUAUACGGCAAUAUCAGGCUUGAGGGCAAUAUAUGUCAUAUGUUACAUUUCCAUACGGGAUUGUAAGUCUUCAACACUGUUUGCUAUGUUAUUAGUGCAGUAAAUAAAUCUAAUUUAUUGUUAUUGCAUUUAUUGAUUUAUGUUCACUUGGUGUGUUACUGCACAAGCUCUUAAUCAUGUCCAUGCAGACUCAUAUCUGACCCUGCAGCACAGAAGCAGUCAUAAGCAGCACAGGUAUAUUUGUAGCAAUACAUUGCAUGGGUCAAAAUGAUACAUUUUUCUUUUAUGCCAAAAAUCAUUAGGAUAUUAAGUAAAGAUCAUGUUCCGUAAAGAUAUUUAGUAAAUUACUGUAAAUAUAUCAAAACUUCAUUUUUGAUUAGUAAUAUGCAUUGCUAAGAACUUCAUUUGGACAACUUUAAAGGCGAUUUUCUCAAUAUUUUGCACCCUCAGAUUCCACAUUUUCAAAUAGUUGUAUCUCAGCCAAAUAUCAAUGGAAAGCUUAUUCAUUCAGCAUUCAGAUGAUGGUUUCGUGUUCCAGGGUCACAUAUAAAGUAUUGGGUCGUUUCAUGCAUGAGUGUCAGCUUUAACUUGUACUUUUAAGUGUACUUCAUCCUGUUAUGCUGUCAUUUAGAAAGUGUAAUGAAGUUUCUUGUCUCUCCUUUUCUGUUCUUAAGUAGCUCAUCAAGCGACCCAUUCCAGCUGCAUCAUGAGCGCAUGCGGCAGAUGAUGGGGGGUUUCUCUGACCCCUUCGGUCAAGGCUUCAUGCCCAGCAUCACAGACGGCCGUCACAGGGGUCACAGAGGUCACAGGACCACAGCUCAGCCCAACACCGGCCCGAGCGAGCGCAGCGGCCAAGAGCUGGAUUUCUUUAGCAAUCCUUUCGCUAUGAUGGACAGCAUGAGGAACAGGAUGCAGGCGAUGCAUAGAAAUUUUGAGAGCGUGCCGUCAGACCCCAACAGCCACUCGUUUUCCUCAUCCUCCGUUGUGACGUACUCUAAAGUGGGAGACGAGCCCCCUAAAGUCUUCCAGGCCUCGUCUCAGACACGCUGUGCUCCUGGAGGAAUAAAGGAGACCAGGAGGAGUCUGAAGGACUCUGACAGCGGACUGGAGAAGAUGUCCAUCGGCCAUCACAUCCAGGACAGAGGCCACGUCAUCGAGAGGAAAGAGAACAGGAAAACCGGCGAGAAGGAGCUCAACCAGGACUUCCAGAACAUGGAUGAAACGGAGGCCCAGUCCUUCGAUCAGGAAUGGCAGAGAGAGUUGUCCCGAUUCCAGGCUUCUGCGCCCAUGUCCCGCCUGGAAGCACCGAGACACCGAGCGGUUCACCGAGCGGCCAUCACCGGACCGCAAGACACACGCAGAGAUGACAAUGCAGCCGCAGGAAAUCAAACCCAUUACAAUGAACUCAACAUCAAAGGCUCCGGCAGGAAGAAGCAUUAAAGCUCAUUCACAAUAAAACACUCUUGACAGGAAUCAACUCUGAUGUUUCUUACUGCAGUUUCCUCAUACUGUAUCUGCCAGUGACUUUCUUACGCCUGUUUCACACCACAAACUUGAGCAGCAGCAAAAACCUGUCCUUCAACACAUUUCUGCUGCACUCUAUACGGAGAACGUAUUUCUAGGUCACUAUGGUGAGUAUAUCUUAAUAUUGACUAUUAGUUUUAAACUGGCUAUCAGUAGUGGGUCACUGAUAAACUGUUUAUUUGUGCACAAUAGACUAUUUCCAUAUUGUCACCUGUAGUGUACUGUAGUUUUUCCAUAUCACAACACACUGGACUUUUCCAUGUCAAAUCAUAUUGAUUUUAUCCAUCAUCGGUGCACUGUCACUUUAAGUGUGUGUGAUGCUUCUACUGUCUUCUGUUAACACAAGCUGCUCAUAUCUGUGGUGUGAAACAGGCCUUGCAUCUGUAACAAAAGUAAGUUAUUUUCCCUGUUACCGUGUUUCAAAAUCUUUGUUUUUAAAUAUGUUUGAAUGAAAUAAAGCAACACAAAUGCUGUCAGGUCUGCGAUGCAGCUGUUCUUCACCCUGGUCCUGGAUGAUUUUGAAUGUGUCUUUUACUGUAUCUCACACACUCAUUCCAGGUCUUAAGAGUCUACUAAUGAGUUGAGUCAGCUGAGACAUACAGAGUAUGCAGUGUUCAGAUAUCCGCUUGUUAAGUCAGGUUCAGCGCUGCUUUUUUGAUCUGAAGCAGCGUUUGGAGGAAACAUCCAGGUUGCAGGACCAGAGUUGUGAGCUGCCGCUGUAAUGCACUUAUUGAUUCUGGAGUAAUCAUCAUAAUCCCUCUAAAAACCUUGCUCUGUAAACAUUUGUAAAAUAAAAAAAUAUGCAUGAAAGUAGUUUUUUUUUAAAUAAAUGUUUCUCAUUCUGUGUUCUUCCUUGACUGUGUGAUACUGUUGUCAAGCCACACUUCACUUUCUCGCUUUUCGAAACUUUGAAUACAUAGUGUCAAAAUAAAAUAGUGUCACAAUCCACACAUUUAAUAUUGCAAAUAAUAAAGGUUUUGUUGAUCGUU